UAGCUCCCUCCGCCUGAUAGGAGCCUAAGGAAGCAAUCCUCGCUCAUCGGGGGCCUGUCUGUGACUCCCAUCUCCCGGGGACAUGAAUGGAGCAGGAAGACAUGGGCCCUGGCUGACCGUGAAGUUCUGACUGUCUGUUCUGGACCCCCAUGAAGGUUCCGGUUUCCAGCUUACCCGGCUUUCUGGUGACAAGCCCUGGGCCCAGGGCAGCUGUGCCCUGUCUGCCUGAAGAAGGAGCCAGGCAGCUGGUGUGACAGCAGCAAGAAGUGGCAUAGACGACAGCAGGUGACGCCUCCUGUUCCUGCGUUUGCUGCUGCCCUACCUCGUUCAUGAGGCCUGGCAAGCACGGACAGACAGAGCAGCAGCUGGCCUGGGGGGCUUCUGAGCUCCUGGAGGGCCACAGCUUGUUUGGGGAAGACCUGUGGAGUGUCCUGCCCAGCCGGCCCUCCAGAAAGCACGAGCACAGUCCUCUUGCGCACGUGAGGGCUCUGCUGGUGGAGUGACUGCACCCUUUGAGAAACCAGCCAGCUCAGGGCCACUGGGACUCAAGGGCGCUGGCCAGCAUGUCCCGGGGACCCCCAGCCGUGUUACCCAGCAUGCGUUUCUCAGGCCUUCUUUCCAGCCAGAGAAGCCGAGUCCAUCUCCUGUUGCAGGAAUGCUCUUCAUGGCUGAGUAAACUGUCCUCCCUGGUGGAGAAUCCCCGAGUGAAAUUUGGGAAGCUUUCAACAGAACGUUUCUCGGGGAUUCUGUGCUCCGGGUCUGGAAGCCACUCUUGGACGACACAGCACACAGACUGCCCCGGGAUGCGGUGCCCACCUACCUGGACCGCAGGCUCCUUCUGCCCCCAGUGGCUCAGACGGGGCUGUUCUGGGAUUCGCCGAAGUCCCUACAGUGUUAGAAAAGAGAGGUUUUGAACAGUCCCCUCCCAGUGGAAUCGUUUUUACAUUCACUCAGAAGGCGAUUGUGUUCAGCUUUGAAAUGACCUGUGGUAACAUCGGCAGGAGUCGGGGCUACGAAGUCCCUGCCGGCCGACCUCUGCUCUGCGCUUGGGGGUCCGAGGCCCUUCCUGAGGGAUGGCCGCCAGCAGCCGGGGCAGGAGGGGCACCUGCACCCAGAUGGCCUCCCACACCCCGUCCCCCAGACCUCGGUGUCCGUCACAUUCCUUUACCAAGCUUGCGGCCCAAGGUCCAGCUCCCGCCAGAGAUCUGGGGCUUCUUGGCAGCAGUUGGCAAACCAUUGCUGGUUUUCCUAAACUGAUGGGCACUUGCAAGCAGGGCUCCAGCUCGCCCUGAGGACCUCCUGUCCGUCCUCCCCUUUAUCGCAAAGAGCAUGAGAGCAGACGUGCGUUGGCUGGGGGCCCUGGGAAAGGCUGCACCCCAGAUGCCGCCAUGCAUGACUCCGGCAGUCAGCCGAGGCAGAUAGAAUGGGCCCUGUUGUUCUCUGCAGGUCAGGCCUGGGCCGGGCAGGGUGCCCGCCAAGAGCACACCAGGGGCAUUGAUUCUGAGUCCCGUUUCUGGCCCCCCCCCAGAGCACCUGUGUUGGGGACCAGGCCAAGGGUCCAUGUGCUCCGCUUCAGACCCUCAGGCCUGCCCCAGCCCACCAAGCUGCACAAAGUGCACGGCCUGGAGCUGAGAGGUCAGGGGUGACCAGGUUUGUCCCUGAGCUAGCUCAAGGGAGGAGGCCAUGCUGGGUGAAUAGAUUUGGGCCCUUUUCUCAGCAUGGAAGGAUCUGGACACAACCACCAUCCUGCUCAGGGGAGGAGCUGGCCUCUCCCCAGUCCCUCUUAAAUCAAUCUGUGCCACACGGGAUUUGCAGACUAAGACGUUUCUCCAAGUGCAUGCUUUUCUGAAAGGGGAAUCUGGCAUCUUUUUUUCAAAAAAGUCCCCAUCUUGGGGUUUUAUCUAGACAGAUUCUCAUAUUCACCUUCUGUAUGAGUUAAGGAAAAAACUAAGUGGCUUUAGCAAAAUAGAAGUGUAAGAAAACUGAAAUUUAAUUAUCUUUCCUGAAAAUAAAUCCACAGUCUAGGACUGUGCAGCUCCCUGAGGGGUGGAGCUUUGCUCCUUUUUACUCUGUUUACUCUGCCACUGCUAGUGAGUGGCUCCCACUACACGGCCAAAGGUAACUGCUGAAGAUCCAGCCAUCACAUUCAUCUCCCAGCCAGCAGGAAGGAGGAGGGAAGGAAGAAAGUCUUCCUGCCAUUCCUGAAGGACAUUUCCUGGAAUUUACACAAUCCCCUGCUGCUGUGUGGGCCAGAACUUAAUUCCAAGGCCACGGUUAACAUCAGAGAGACGGGAGAAGGGAGCGCCCUGCAGGAUGGGAGCCGCUGGCAGGCAGGACCUCUUCACGGCGAUGCUGACCGUCAUCUGGCUCAUCCUGGCCUGCUUCCCUGGGGCCACAUCCACAGCGGCGGCCAAGUGCCCGGACCAGAGACCCGAGCUGCAGCCCUGGAACCCCGGCCACGACCGGGACCGCUCUGUGCACAUUGGCCGGGGCAGAGCCCUGCUGCUCAUGUCCUCUGCCACGGUCCACUCCAUCCACAUCUCAGAGGGAGGAAAGCUAGUCAUCCGAGACCAUGAUGAGGCGAUCGUGUUGCGUGCCCGGCAUAUCCUGAUCGACAAUGGAGGAGAGCUGCAUGCUGGGAGUGCCCUCUGCCCUUUCCAGGGCAACUUCAGCAUCAUUUUGUAUGGAAGGGCUGAUGAAGGGAUUCAGCCGGACCCUUACUUUGGCCUAAAGUACAUCGGAGUCGGCGAAGGUGGCACCCUUGAGUUGCAUGGGCAGAGAAAGCUCUCCUGGACAUUUCUCAACAAGACCCUUCGCCCGGGUGGCAUGGAGGAAGGAGGCUAUUUUUUUGAAAGGAGCUGGGGUCAUCGUGGGGUCAUUGUUCAUGUCAUCGACCCCAAAUCAGGGACAGUCAUCCAUUCUGACCGGUUUGACACCUACAAAGCCAAGAGAGAGAGCGAACGCCUGGCCCAGUAUUUGAACGCGGUGCCCAACGGCAGGAUCCUUUCUGUUGCGGUGAAUGAUGAGGGAUCUCGAAACCUAGAUGACACAGCCAGGAAGGCCAUGACCAGGCUGGGCAGCAAACGCUUCCUGCACCUCGGGUUCAGACACCCCUGGAGUUUCCUGACUGUGAAGGGAAAUCCCUCUUCUUCCGUGGAAGACCACAUUGAAUAUCACGGACACCGCGGCUCUGCCGCUGCCCACGUGUUCAAACUGUUCCAGACGGAGCACGGCGAGCAUUUCAACGUCUCCUCCUCCAGCGAGUGGGUUCAAGAUGUGGAGUGGACAGAAUGGUUCCAGCAGGACAGGGCGUCACAGAGUAAAGGGGGGGAGAAAAUUUCAGACCUCCGGGAAGCUCACCCAGGAAAAAUCUGCAAUCGCCCCAUUGAUAUACAGGCCACUACAGCAGAUGGAGUUAACCUCACCACUGAAGUCGUCUACAAAAGAGGCCAGGAUUAUAGAUUUGCGUGCUACGACCAGGGCCAGGCCUGCCGGAGCUACCGUGUGCGGUUCCUCUGCGGGAGGCCGGUGAGGCCCAGACUCACCGUCACCAUUGACACCAACGUGAACAGCACCAUCUUGACUGUGGAGGACGACGCACGGUCUUGGAAGCCUGGGGACACCCUCGUGGUCGCCAGCACCGACUACUCCAUGUACCAGGCAGAGGAGUUCCAGGUGCUACCCUGCAAAGCCUGCUCCACCAACCAGGUCAAGGUGGCAGGGAAACCAAGGUACCUGCACGUCGGGGAGGAGAUCGACGGUGUGGACAUGCGGGCCGAGGUGGGGCUCCUGAGCCGGAACAUUGUGGUGAUGGGGGAGACGGAGGCCGAGUGCUACCCCUAUAGCCACCACGUCUGUGACUUCUUUGACUUCGACACCUUUGGGGGCCACAUCAAGUUUGCGCUGGGGUUCAAGGCGGCACACCUGGAGGGCGUGGAGCUGAAGCACAUGGGGCAGCAGCUGGUGGGCCAGUACCCAAUCCACUUCCACCUGGCGGGAGACGUGGAUGAGAAGGGAGGCUACGACCCACCCACGUACGUCAGGGGCCUGUCCAUCCACCACACGUUCUCCCGCUGCGUCACCGUCCACGGCUCCAACGGCUUGUUGGUCAAGGACGUCGUGGGCUAUAAUUCUCUGGGCCACUGCUUCUUCACGGAGGACGGGCCAGAGGAACGCAACACCUUCGACCACUGCCUUGGCCUCCUUGUCAAGUCCGGGACCCUCCUCCCCUCUGACCGUGACAGCAAGAUGUGCAAGACCAUCACCGAAGACUCCUACCCGGGGUACAUCCCCAAGCCCAGGCAGGACUGCAACGCCGUGUCCACCUUCUGGAUGGCCAAUCCGAACAACAACCUUGUGAACUGUGCCGCAGCAGGGUCGGAGGAAACCGGAUUCUGGUUCAUUUUCCACCACGUACCGACGGGCCCCUCCGUGGGCAUGUACUCCCCAGGGUACUCGGAGCACAUUCCACUGGGGAAAUUCCAUAAUAACCGAGCGCAUUCCAACUACCGGGCGGGCAUGAUCAUAGACAACGGAGUCAAGACGACUGAGGCCUCUGCCAAGGAUAAGCGCCCCUUCUUGUCCAUCAUCUCUGCCAGGUACAGCCCUCACCAGGACGCGGACCCGCUGAAGCCCCGGGAGCCGGCCAUCAUCAGGCAGUUCACCGCCUACAAGAACCAGGACCACGGGGCCUGGCUACGCGGCGGGGACGUGUGGCUGGACAGCUGCCGGUUCGCUGACAACGGCAUCGGCCUGACCCUGGCCAGUGGUGGAACCUUCCCAUACGACGACGGCUCCAAGCAGGAGAUAAAGAACAGUCUGUUUGUGGGCGAGAGUGGCAACGUGGGGACGGAGAUGAUGGACAACAGGGUCUGGGGCCCCGGCGGCUUGGACCACAGCGGGAGGACCCUCCCUAUAGGCCAGAAUUUUCCAAUCCGAGGGAUUCAGUUCUACGACGGCCCCGUCAACAUCCAGAAUUGCACUUUCCGCAAGUUCGCGGCCCUGGACGGCCGGCACACCAGCGCCCUGGCCUUCCGCCUGAACAACGCCUGGCAGAGCUGCCCCCAUAACAACGUGACCAACAUUGCCUUUGAGGACGUCCCGAUUACUUCCAGAGUGUUCUUCGGAGAGCCCGGGCCCUGGUUCAACCAGCUGGACAUGGACGGGGACAAGACGUCGGUGUUCCACGACGUCGACGGCUCCGUGUCCGAGUACCCGGGGUCCUACCUCACCAAGGACGACAACUGGCUGCUCCGGCACCCGGACUGCAUCGACGUCCCGGACUGGCGGGGGGCCAUCUGCAGCGGGCACUACGCACAGAUGUACAUUCAGGCCUACAAGACCAGCAACCUGCGGAUGAAGAUCGCCAAGAACGAUUUCCCCGGCCGCCCCCUCUACCUGGAGGGGGCCCUGACCAGGAGCACCCACUACCAGCAGUACCAGCCAGUCGUCACCCUGCGGAAGGGCUACACCAUCCACUGGGACCAGACGGCUCCCGCCGAGCUCGCCAUCUGGCUCAUAAACUUCAACAAGGGCGACUGGAUCCGCGUGGGGCUCUGCUACCCCCGGGGCACCACCUUCUCCAUCCUGUCGGACGUCCACAACCGCCAGCUGAAGCAGACGGCCAAGACGGGCACCUUCGUGCGGACCUUGCAGAUGGACAAAGUGGAGCAGAGCUUCCCCGGCAGGAGCCACUACUACUGGGACGAGGACUCAGGGCUGCUGUUUCUAAAGCUAAAGGCGCAGAACGAGAGAGAGAAGUUCGCCUUCUGCUCUGUGAAAGGCUGUGAGAGAAUAAAGAUCAAGGCCCUGAUCCCAAAGAACGCGGGCGUCAGUGACUGCACGGCCGCCGCCUACCCCAAGUUCGCUGAGAGGGCAGUCGUGGACGUGCCGAUGCCCAGGAAGCUGUCCGGGUCCCAGCUGAAAACAAAGGACCACUUCUUGGAGGUGAAGAUGGAAAGUUCCCGGCAGCGUUUCUUCCACCUGCUGAACAGCGUCGCUUACAUUGAAGUGGAUGGGAAGAAGUUCUCCAGCGAGGAAGAUGGCAUCCAGGUGGUGGUGCUUGACGGGAGCCACGGGCGCGUGGUGAGCCACACGAGCUUCCGGAAUGCCAUCCUGCAGGGCGUACCCUGGCAGCUCUUCAACUACGUGGUGGCCAUCCCCGACAGUUCCAUAGUUCUCAUGGCGUCAAAGGGAAGAUACAUCUCCAGGGGCCCAUGGACUCGAGUGCUGGAGAAGCUCGGGGCAGACAAGGGUCUCAAGUUGAAAGAGAAAAUGGCAUUCAUUGGCUUCAAAGGCAGCUUCCGGCCCAUGUGGGUGACCCUGGACACCGAGGACCACAAGGCCAAAAUCUUCCAAGCUGUGCCCAUCCCGGUGGCGAGGAAGAAGAAGCUGUGAGGACAGCCCCCGGUGGGCCAUGCAGCUGCCCAGGGCAGGACGGCUGGCUGCCCAGCCCCGUGCAGGGCCAAGCGGCAGCCCUGAUGGGCUGAGGGAAGGACAUCGGACUCUGGGGCUGCCACCUGGCCCCCAGCGUCCACUGCUGCUGCAGGGCUGGGCACUUCUCUGCUAUCUGUGCCCCUUCAGGGUGGGUGUGGGCACCGCACAAGGGGACGGGGCUGUGCAGGCGCAGGGCCCGUUCGGCAGGAGCCCUCCUCCAGCGAGGAAGCGGCCUGGGCGCUGGGCCGUGCACGGACGCCCAAAUGCUCUGGCAGGCACGCCAGUGUGGCAGCUGUAGGAAACAGCCCCGGUCUUAAGGAAACCUUCAUUCCUGUAAGCGAGAGCCAGCCUUCUCGGGAUUAGGAGCUCGCGCAGGCCGAGCUCACCGAGACGGAACCAGCUUCCCUUGGGACAGAGGUGAGCCCCACCUCAGGGGUCCACCCUCCGGGGACUCCAGGUCACAGGACUCCGGGGAGCUGGGCCAGGUGACUUCUAAAGGCCCUUUCGGUUCUGAGCCCCCGGAAGCCUGUGCUUUGCACACUGCAGCCGGAGCCCAGCAGCAGAUGAGGGCAUCCCUUCCAGCUGGCGUCCGGGGUGCCAUGUGCCGCGGGCGCACGGGCAGGGGUGAGAAGAAUACCUCAAGUGAGGGGCUUGCUCUCUGGUCUGGCCGGAGAGGCGGUCGGACACCAGGUAGAGAAGACAAAUCAGGUCAGACAGAGACCGGGGCCAGUUCCGAUCAGGGAAACUUCCAGCACGGGUGGAGCAGAAGCUUCCUGCGGGAUCAGGCCCUGGGCUCACGGGAAUGAAGGGCAGGGCGUUUUGUGGGCAAAGAUGGGCAGCCUCCAGAGUGGGUCAAGGCCAAGCCCUUCCUGCCCCAUUGCCUGAAGCUGGGGGACUGCAGGGGCUUCCUUGGCUGGUGGCUCACUGGCCCACCCGCAACGGAGAAGCGAGCAUCAGGCGGGAGGAGUGCGCCAGGCCUGCAGCCCCCGAGCUGAGGAACCGGGGCCCAGCCAGCCCCGCCUCGACUCCAAGAGGGUGGCGUCAGGCGGGGAUGCAUGGGCUCCUCAUUUGGUGUGCGUCCAGGGACCUAAGCAGAGGAGCCCCCUGGGAGACCUGAGAACGUGCUGGGACCCCGUGAGCCUGGGGUUCCAGAGCUGGAAGGACCUUAGGAACCACCCAGUCCAAAGCCUCCAUGUUUCAGACGCGGCUUGUGAGACCCUGAUAUGGGGAAGAGCCGCAGGCCAGGGCACGGCCAGGGCGCAUGCCCAUGGCUAGCACCUGCCAUCACACCACGUGGCCUCAACACCAGCCCCAGGGGGUCCGGGCACCACAAGGAGCCUCCCGAAAUGGGGACUUGUCCCCUCGAGGGGAAAACAAUGGCCAGGACAGGAAGAGAAUUGGCUGGUGACUGUCCCUCCUGGCCCCGCACACACCAAGCUGCCCUCCUCUCGGCUGCAGCGGUCCUGCAGCCUCCACUUAGUCCAGACCCCUGCCUUCCCACGCGCAGGUGCACAGCCACUGGGCCAGUCCCACUGGGGCUGCCUGUCUCUGCAGGUUUGCGGGUGCAGCCAGCAGACAGCAGUGGGGCCCCAGAGCGUGUUCAGGGAGCCAGCUUGGCUGACCUUGGGGCCCACCCUGCAGCUCCUGCUGGGUGCCCUGCUGUCUCCCUUGCCCACCCCAGAGAGAGCUGAGCACUCCUAGCACAAAGGAAAGUCCCCGGGGGUUUAUACUCUCUCAUGGGGUACCAGGGUCACCCUGGGGCUUACCAGGGACUGUUUUCCCCUUUCCCACCCCAGCCACAAACCCUUUCCUCCCCAGAGGGCUUUCUUGGCGCCCUCUGCCCAGCGUCCCCACAGGACUCCGUCAGCGGGUCCACCCCCGGGUGAGGCCGACUGCAGAGGGGUUUUUCACACCAAAUGGGUCUUCUAGCUGCCCAGAGGGGCGUGGGAUUCCCGCCUCUUCACACGGGGCAGCGUGUGAGGCCUGCCCCAGGCCGGGGCCUCUUCUGGGCAGAGUGUGGCCGUAGGGAGGAGACUCAAACGACCUCAUGGUCUUCUUGCCUACAGUUUUCGAACUCUUUUAAUGCAAGGGUCUCACACUGUGAACCACUGAGGAUGUGAUCACUUUAGGUGGCCAGGAAUGUUGACUUGUCUCUGGUUCAGCUCAUAUCAAAAUGUGUCUGUUUGGCAAUCCUCAGAGUUGUCCGUGUCUAGCAGUGCAGCAUCUGUGCAAAGAACUUUCUUUCCUAAACCGUCCACUAAGGGCCAAUGUCCAGGCGUAUUCUUGGAGGCACAAAUCUUAUUGCUUAGAACAUCAAUGUUGCUCUGUUUGUGUGCGUUAAAACGAGUUAAGCCUUUAAGGAAAGCAACUUGCCGAUGAAAUUUCUUUUUCCUGUUGCCGAAAUAGCUGGUCCUUUUUCGGGAAUUAGAUGUAUGGUGUGUUUUGUAUGUAAACAUUUCCUGUAGGCGUCACCAAGAACAAAGAUAUAUUUUCUAUUUAUUUAUUAUAUAUAUGCACUCCAAGGAGUCAUUGUCUGAGAAAUGAAGACUUGUACUAAUAUCCUGUGUGGGGAUGUCCUUGGGACUGCCUAGAGCCUCUGCUGACAGCAGAGGGCACGGCUUUGACGUGGAAGGUCACGCUGUACCACAGUAAAUGCACAAAGGAUGUUA